AUGAUAACACCCCUUUCAUUGGAUUUGCUGUUUCAAGUUCUUACUCCUAGGCAUGGUACACUUGAGACUUGGGUUCCAUAUGUUUUUGGUCAAGUGCCGCAGUUCAUCAACGAUUUGGCCGAGCACAACGAGUGGGCUGCCAACAUUGUGUGGCUCGACUUUACCAAGUAUGGGAAAUUGAGUGGAUGUGAUCUGAAUGACACCUGCGACCUCCUAUCAUCCAUUCUUUCCCGGAAACCACAACACAGUGUGGCAGUCGUUAUCAGUCCUUUUCUCGUUUCAGAGCGCACCCAGAAUGGUGUACGUGGAGAGAUCAGGCGAGUGGAAGAUAAACUUGAUGCUGUGAAGAUCCAGUCAGAGCUUAUCAUGAUCCGGAUGAAAGAAGCCCCAAGUCAGAAGCAUGUCCCUCUACAAUUUGCUGCGUGGAUCUGUAUGCAAGAAGGUACUGUUGCAGACAAUAUCUUUGCCUCUUCUCAGCUUUUGGCGGACAGGUCCAUGUCGGCUUUCCAGGAAAGCGCUCAGUACCUGGCUGGCAGCGAGGUCCCGGAGCAGAUUUUGUCCAGCCUGCUGGCAAAAGUCGACAUUCCUGCUGAAGCAGUGCUUGGGCUGAUCAACCUAAGCCCUUACGAUGCAUGGUUGGAAUGGACCGCCCACUACUGGCCCAAAAGCCACCCAGGGGUCCGCAUUCCGAGUCUUUCACUGAGCAAGUCCUUGCACAUCAUCGAGUACUGUCAGCGAUCAAUUGCAUUGAAGCUUAUGGAGGACAUUUGA